GCGUCACCGACAAGGCUGGGCUGCUGCUCUCUCACUUCCUGGUUACUGCAGCUACGGCUUUCAUACAAACGGUAGUUUUGGAAUGAAAACAAUUUCCCCUAACAUUAACUGGGUUGCAUCGGUGCAUCUGGCGCUUAGUCUUUUUGGGCUUCCGUACGUUGCUGGCACAAGUGGAUUUUGCAGGAAGAACGCCUUAGGUCGUAUUUCCAGUCUCUGUUCAUCAGCGUCUGUCUACAUGUCUCCUGCCGCACCCGUUAAGGCUCGUUGUCCGGUAUAUCCCGGCUCAGACACACACCGCUUCCUUGUUUCAGAUGACAAAGUAGACUGGGACACAGACUGGCCCCAGUAUAGCCCUGUUAACUACACCGCACCCACUGUGCUGAAAAAGCCUGUUUGGGCUGACCCAGAGAUUGGUGCAUUUUCCCCACAAUUCAAUUCUUUGGAUGGAUCUGUGGACAGGAGAAGUCACGAGGGCCCGUAUCAUAUCCAGAAUGGCAAACCACUUAAUCCACAUGGAAGAACUGGGCUGGAGGGCCGAGGAUUACUGGGAAGGUGGGGUCCAAACCACGCCGCUGAUCCAAUAGUUACCAGGUGGAAAAGGGACUCUACAGGACAGCUUGUCCUCCACACUAACUCUCAACUACCUGUGCUGCAGUUUGUGUCCAUUAAGAGGUUGGACUGUGGCGAAUGGGCCAUCCCAGGGGGAAUGGUGGACCCCGGAGAGCGCAUUUCUCAGACAUUGCAGCGUGAAUUCUCAGAAGAGGCUUUGAACUCUCUGCAAGCAUCUCCAAGUGAGAGGGAAGAGACCCAAAAGCGCAUCACUGAGCUUUUCGACUCAGCAGGUCUUCAGGUGUAUAAAGGUUAUGUAGAUGAUCCAAGAAAUACAGAUAAUGCUUGGAUGGAGACAGUUGCAGUCAAUUUCCAUGAUGAAUCAGGCAAUAGUGUGAGUGAGCUUCCACUGCAAGCAGGUGACGACGCAGGUCAAGUGAGCUGGAUUGACGUUGACUCCUCCCUGGACCUUUAUGCGAAUCACUUGCAUUUCCUAGAGACAGUUGCUAAGGAAAGAAAUGCCCACUGGUAACAGACAAUAGUAAAAAGUGCUCUCUGCUGAAACAGAAAUGAAGGAAAUCUUUUUAUGAGUCUAAUCUGAAUUAUGCAUAAAAAGAUUUGUAGCUUAGAAAAUGUUGGCAAUAUUAAUAUGAAGUGUGUACUUUUAGCCACAACACUGCCAAAAUUGUAUUCCAAUUAACCAAAGAUUAUCCUCAAUUAUCUAUAUCCUUUCUUAAUAUCCAGUAAAGCAUGGUUCCUAGAAAUGAACCAUACAGAUUGUUUAUUGUUAGAUGUUCCUAUUACACUGAAGUGAACACUACUACCUAAGAACUCACGUAUGACUCUUUCUGUAAUUAUAAUAAUAAUAAAAGCAUCCUAUACACUUA